CUCGGUGAGCGCGCUAGACUCUAUCACGGCGGUACGGUCGUCCAUAAGAUAUACAGUAAAAAGUUUCGCGUUGUGCAGUGUUCGAUGCACAUUUUAGUCUAAUUAGUAGACUAAUAAAUCAAUAGGAAGAAGAAAAAGAAGAAGUGUUAAAGAUCGUUGAAAUAAUUUCCAAUUCGAGAGAAGACGAAAUCUCGAAUCAGCUGUUUAACCUCAAUAAGUCCGAAGUCCACGAAUGUAAGACGAUGAACUGAAAGAAAUAACAGAAUUAUCAAUACCUUUUGAAGGUGAGUAGAGAAAGGAAGAGAGACAAGGAUUAAAAUACGGAAGAACAAGAAAAAACGGAAAGGAUGGCAGCUGGCAAACGAAGAGGAAUCCAUCCGAACACCGGAAGUGGGAAUAGUUUCAUGGGAAAUUCUUUUUCGGGAGGUAACACGAGGUUGAGCCGUUUAAAUUUCCGUCCGAGCUCAAAUCAAGAAGAUCGAGGUGGGACGAGACCGACCACGGCACCUAGCUCUAUAGGUCUUAUAUUCGUUACUAUGUUUUUACAUGUUUGCAAAAAAUCCUUGCUCUUUGAUACCAGAUUGAAGGUAGCCAUAUAUUGUGGCGUGAUAUUUACGAUAUCUCUCGUGGCUGAUUUCGUGAUUAUGCCUAGAUCAUACUUCUCCCGAUCGGAUAAUGCGCUCAAUCGGUAUUUCGUCAAAUGGGGGUGGGGAUGGCUCUUGAUAGUAACCAUCCCAUGGGUAGUUCUUACGUCUCAUACGCUUGGUUGCGGUCGCAGGACGAUCUUAUUGAAGCAUUUAGCUCGUUUGGUUCUUGCAACGUUGGCCUGGCUAACGUGGAUAAAAUUAUUUAAUUACAUUGAAAAUAAUUUUGGUCGUUGCGUUAACACGAAGGAGGCUCAAUUGCAAUUCAAAGUUAAAUGUCUUCAAGCAGGAAAAUUUUGGAAUGGCCUCGAUAUAUCAGGUCAUAGCUUCAUCCUUGUAUACUCCAGCCUUAUCUUAGCCGAGGAAGGUUCCUCUAUGAUUGGUUGGGAAGGUAUUAAGGAUUUAAUAAUGCGAGAAGAACAUUGCAGAGUAACACCGAAUGAGACCAGCUUUGGUCCGCUUCGGAAUCUUUCCGAUAACGAUUUGGAGUUCCUAAAAAAGGCCCACAAAAUUUGUACACCCUAUUUAAGAGCUCUUUUCGUUGUAAUGACUAUGCAACAAUUACUUUGGGACGUCAUGCUGGUCUCGACCGUCCUCUAUUAUCAUAUUAUGAUAGAAAAAUUUCUCGGUGGUAUUGCCGCCGUUCUAACUUGGUAUGUCACUUAUCAGUGGUGGUACAAAUCACCAAAAAAUGGUUUACCACCUCCAGGUGAUGGUCUUUUUAAAUAUAACGAAGUUAAACCUCAACGCGACCUUACUGUAGCACGAGCAAGACGUAGUACUUUGAAUGGAACCAACAAUAAGUUCAUGGGUCUUCCUAUUCGAACUGGUCAAGAUAAUCCAGAAAAAAUUGUCUCGACGAGUAGGCAAUCGGAGAUUGAAACUCCUUAACCAUAUCGUGUGGUUUGAAUAUUGGUGGUUAUCUCUUAAAUUUUUUUGUCUUUUUUUUUUUUUUUUCAUUCUUGACACUGAAAAAUCAUCUUGAUUUAUUUUUCAACUAUUAUUCGAUUAGUACUUACUACUCAUUCAAAAAUAUCCGAAUAUUUAAAAAAGUAAAUCAUGUACAUAAAAAUGUGUAAAGAACGUUAUGAUACUUUUACAUAGGUAUAAUUCUUGUAAUCUCAUUUUGAUGUGAUUGUAGUGAUAAUUGGUUUUCUUGCACACGAUCAAAUAUCUUCGAGCUUCUGACUUUAGGAAUUAUCACAGUAAAAAGAAAUAUGGGAAUGUUUAACUUUGUUACCUCUCUAUGGACUGUUGAUAAAAUAUAGUAUUUCAUUAAGGUAUGAUGUAACUGCAAAUACAUUUACAUAAUUUAUCUCAAAUUUUACAAUUUGUAUUUAAUAAGUUAUAUUUGUUGUUAAUUUAUUAACACAAUGUGUUCAUCUCUAUAUUGUUUGGUAGAAUAAUUUUGUGGUAAGAAUUGUAAAUAGCUCACACGCACGUUUUGUAUAAAGAGAGAAAGUACAAAGUACAUAUAUAUGCUUUUUAUUAAAUGAAAAACAAAAACCUUUCAUUCAA